GCAACAGCACUGACCUUCCGGAAGUCGAGAUCAUUAGCCUGCUGGAGGAGCAGCUGCCCCAUUACAAGCUAAGAGCCGACACCAUCUACGGUUAUGACCACGACGACUGGCUCCACACCCCCCUCAUUUCUCCAGACGCCAACAUCGACCUCACGACCGAGCAAAUCGAAGAGACGCUGAAGUACUUCCUUUUAUGUGCUGAAAGAGUUGGCCAGAUGACUAGAACAUAUAAUGACAUCGAUGCUGUUACUCGUCUUCUUGAGGAGAAAGAGCGCGAUUUAGAAUUGGCUGCUCGCAUUGGCCAGUCGUUGUUGAAGAAGAACAAGACCUUAACCGAGAGGAACGACGUGCUGGAAGAGCAAGUCGAACACAUCAGGGAAGAGGUGUCCCAGCUCCGGCACGAGCUGUCCAUGAAAGAUGAGCUGCUGCAGUUCUACACCAGCGCCGCCGAGGAGAGCGAGCCCGAGUCCGUCUGCUCAACCCCAUUGAAGAGGAACGAGUCCAACUCCUCCGUCCAGAACUACUUUCAUCUGGAUUCUCUUCAGAAGAAGCUGAAGGACCUCGAGGAGGAGAACGUCGUGCUAAGAUCUGAGGCCUGCCAGCUGAAGACAGAGACCAUCACCUACGAGGAGAAGGAGCAGCAGCUGGUCAACGACUGUGUGAAGGAGCUGAGGGAUGCCAACGUCCAGAUCGCCAGCAUCUCAGAGGAACUGGCCAAGAAGACUGAAGAUGCGGCCCGUCAGCAGGAGGAGAUCACACACCUGCUGUCCCAGAUUGUGGAUUUGCAGAAGAAGGCAAAGGCGUGCGCGGUGGAGAAUGAAGAACUCGUGCAGCACCUGGGGGCGGCGAAGGAUGCCCAGCGACAGCUCACAGCUGAGCUGAGGGAGCUGGAGGACAAGUACGCAGAGUGCAUGGAAAUGCUGCACGAGGCCCAGGAGGAGCUGAAGAACCUGCGUAACAAGACCAUGCCCAACACCACGUCCCGCCGCUACCACUCGCUUGGCCUGUUUCCCAUGGACUCGUUGGCCGCGGAGAUCGAGGGGACGAUGCGAAAGGAGCUGCAGAUGGAGGAGCCCGAGUCUCCAGACGUCACUCACCAGAAGCGUGUCUUUGAGACCGUGAGGAACAUCAAUCAAGUCGUCAAGCAGAGGUCUCUGACCCCCUCACCCAUGAACAUCCCCGGCUCCAACCAGUCCUCGGCCAUGAACUCCCUCCUGUCCAGCUGCGUCAGCACCCCCAGGUCCAGCUUCUACGGCAGUGACGUCACCAACAUUGUGCUCGACAACAAGACCAACAGCAUCAUCCUCGAAACCGAGUCGGACCUGGGGAGCGAGGAGCGCAAGAAGCCUGGCACGCCGGGCACCCCGGGCUCGCACGACCUGGAGGUGGCCCUGCGGCGCCUGUCCCUGCGCCGGGAGAACUACCUGUCGGAGCGGCGCUUCUUCGAGGAGGAGCAGGAGCGCAAGCUGCGCGAGCUGGCCGAGCGGGGCGAGCUGGCCAGCGGCUCGCUCACGCCCACCGAGAGCAUCAUGUCGCUGGGCACGCACUCGCGCUUCUCCGAGUUCACCGGCUUCUCCGGCAUGUCCUUCGGCAGCCGCUCCUACCUGCCCGAGAAGCUGCAGAUCGUCAAGCCGCUGGAAGGUUCUGCCACCCUUCACCACUGGCAGCAACUGGCCCAGCCUCAUCUCGGGGGCAUCCUGGACCCCCGGCCCGGUGUGGUCACCAAGGGCUUCCGGACGCUGGACGUGGAUGUGGAUGAAGUGUACUGCCUUAACGACUUUGAAGAAGACGACACAGGUGACCACAUUUCCCUCCCGGCCCUAGCUACCUCCUCGCCAGUGAAGCACCCAGAGACCUCAGGUGAGAGGUCCCGAGCACGUGUGACCGUCUCAGGCAGCAGAAGUUACCCGAGCCAGCCUCAGGCUUUCCCCGAGGAGAUCCAGGAGCCGCCAGUGGCCACCAAGGAGGAGGAGGAUGAGGAGGGGUCUGGUGAGGGCAUCGCCAUAAGUCCUGUAAACCUGGCACCUUCACUGGAGGCGGAGUCCUGGGCCAUCCUCACCUCUGUCCCGGGCACCAUCCAUAGUGGCUCUGUGUGUGUAGCUUCCGCUCGUCUGUGUGGGUGACGCUCCAACCGACCGUCCCUGUGUGUGUAACACAGUCGGAGACCUCCGUAGUGCGAGUGGGUGUAGCACCUAGCCCACCACGGAGACACAUGGCCCAGUGGAGCUCUCCACGUGGGCGUGGGAAAGGCUGCU